GAUUCCGCCACCCCCAUCUCUCUCCUUUCUGUUUCUUGUCUCAUCCCGAAAUCCCUCCUCCAAUUCAAAACUCCAAACCCCACCAAAAAAAUAAAAAUAAAAAAUAAAAAAAAGCAAAAAAGAAAGCCAAUUAUUUCUAAACCUCGCAAUUAGAUCCAUUUUAGGGCUUAGGGUUUCGAUUUGGGGCCAAGAUGGAGACUUGCCGGCGGAUCUCGGCGAGCCCGAGACCGUGCUCCGGCCGGCGAAUCUCGGCGAGAAAGCGGACGAGGGUCGAUUCUUUCGUCAACAGCGUUAACAAGAUUCGGAGGCGGGAGAUCUGCUCGAAACCCUGCCGUUCUUUUAAUUUCAUCAAUAACCAUGAGAAAUUCCGGCACAUUCGAUUGCAGGAAGAAUUUGACGCUCAUGAUCCCAAGGGACACAGUUUCACGCAAUUGCCAUUUCUGAGAAAAAGGUCAAAAAUUGUUGAGAUAGUUUCGGCAAAGGACAUUAUUUUUUCAUUGACACAAUCAGGGGUUUGUGCUGCAUUUAGCAGAGAGACAAACCAGAGAAUCUGCUUUCUAAACGUGACUCCUGAUGAAGCCAUUCGCAGCUUGUUUUAUAACAAAAAUAAUAAUUCUCUGAUAACGGUUUCAGUUAACGCUUCUGACCACUUCAGCUCCUUGAGAUGUAGAUCAACCAGCAUUGAGUAUAUCCGGAAGGGAAAACCUGAUGCUGGUUUUGCACUUUUUGAGUCAGAAUCAUUAAAAUGGCCUGGUUUUGUAGAGUUUGAUGAUGUAAAUGGGAAGGUCCUCACAUAUUCUUCUGAUGAUAGCAGCACAUACAAGGUGUUCGACCUGAAAAACUAUGCACUGUUGUACUCUAUAUCAGAGAAAGGUGUUGAAGAAAUUAAGAUCAGCCCAGGUAUUAUGUUACUGAUUUUUAAGAAAGCUACCAGUUAUGUCCUUCUAAAAAUUCUCUCUAUAGAGGAUGGUACGGUUCUCAAAUCCUUCAACCAUCUUCUUCAUCGGACUAAAAAGCUGGACUUUAUUGAACAGUUCAAUGAAAAGCUUCUAGUGAAACAGGAGAAUGAGAAUCUACAAAUCCUUGAUGUUCGGGACUUCCAGUUAACGGAAGUAAGCAAAACAGAAUUUUUAACCCCAUCCGCAUUUAUUUUUCUAUAUGAGAAUCAGUUGUUCUUGACAUUUCGAGAUCGAAAUGUAGCAGUUUGGAAUUUCCGUGGGGAGCUUGUUACCUCUUUUGAGGAUCACUUGUUGUGGUAUCCUGAUUGCAAUACAAAUAACAUCUAUAUUACGAGUAACCAGGAUCUUAUAAUCUCUUACUGCAAAGCUGACUCUGAUGAUUCAAAUGGCACUGCUGGAUCCAUUAACAUCAGUAACAUUUUGACUGGAAAAUGCCUCGCGAAAAUUCAGGCUAGUAACUUGAGCAAAACUGCAUGCAAUUCCAAAGUCGGGAGCAGUUUAACAGAAGCUCUGGACGAUAUUACUGCACUAUACUAUGACGAGGAGCGGUGUGAGAUUUAUACUGGCAACAAACAUGGUAUAAUUCAUGUUUGGUCUAAUUAGCGUGGACAUCAGAAAGCCGAGCAGCAAAUCGCUGCUACAAAUGUAAUUUGAUGCAUUGUCUCUGUAUUUCCCCCUAAUCUUAAGACAUAGGGUCUUGUUGUGCUUCCCCCACCCUUCCAAUUUUAUUUUGUAUUCGUUGACAAUAUUUGUUAUGUGAGUUUCAAUCUAAUUUUGCGGCGUUCAAUUUUAUUCUC